AAUUAGCCCGCUCCGCGCACCCUGCCGUCUGCGGGGACGUUUCCGCACCCACGAACUACACGGACGGUUCCUGAUCGACUUUGGGGGUUGAACCCUCGGGGCCGGGGACAAGGAGCGCUGCCUAACUUAUGGGACAGCGGGGACGGAGCGCACUGGACGCCUCGGGGUCCCAGGCUGGGAGUGCCCCUGGCCCCAGGUGGUCGCGGAGAGCCAGGUCUCAGCUCCGGGUCCCCAAGACCCUUAUGUUCCUCGUCGCCGGCGUCCUGCUGUCGGUUGCAGCUGACUCGGCCACAAUCAUCCAGCAGGACAGAGUUUACCAGCAGAGAGUUGCCCCACAGUCAUGGAGGUCAUGUCCACCAGGAUCCCAUAUAUCAGAAAGUAGUGGAGAUUGUCUCUCGUGCAAAUAUGGAGUGGACUACAUCACUCAUUGGAAUAGCCUCUCUUCCUGCUUUCGCUGUACAGUAUGUAACUCAGAUGAAGAGGAGAAAAGUCCCUGCACCACGACCAGAGACACAGUGUGCCAGUGCAAGCCUGGCACUUUCCGAGAAGCAGAUUCCCCUGAGAUGUGCCAGAAGUGCAGCACUGGGUGCCCCAGUGGGAUGGUUGAGAAGAGUCCCUGUACACCCUGGAGAGAUCUCAUGUGUGUCCCCAAAGAAUCAGGGAAUAAAAACAGCUUCAACUGGGUCAUAGUCCCAGCCUUAUUAACGGUUGUGGCCUUGGUUGUUGGGGUGACUUUAAUGAGGAAGAAAAUACCACUUUACCUGAAAAGCAUCUGUCUAGGGUGUGGAGGGGAUCCCAAGUGCGUGGAUACAGUCUUUUCCAGGUGCCGUUGUCCCCCAAGAGGUCCUGGGGCUCAGGAAAAUGCCCACAAUGAGAUCUUGAGCAGCAGAUACUCAGCCUCCACCCUCAACUCUGAGCUGGAGAUGGAAGGCCAGGAGCCCACAAAGCUGGCAGGUGUCACCGUGCAGUCCCUAGGGGAGGCCAAGUGUCUGCUGGAACCUGCAGAAGCUAAAGGGUCUCAGAAGAGCAGGAGGCUGCUGGAUCCAGCCCAUGAUGCUGACUCCGUUGAGAGUCUAAGGCUGUGCUUCCAUAGCUUUCCCGACAUCCUGCCCUUUACGUCCUGGAACCUGCUCAUGCGGCUGGUGGGCCUCACCGAAAAUGAGAUCCAUGUGGCCAGAGCUCGUGCUGCAGACCCACGGGAUGCCUUGUAUGAAAUGCUGGUGACGUGGGUCAACAAAACGGGGCGGGGCGCCUCUGUCAACACCCUGCUGGACGCCUUGGAGGCGAUGGGAGAAAGACAUGCAAGGGAGACCAUUGAGGACCAGCUGGUGGGCUCCAGAAGGUUCGUCUAUCGAGAAAGUGGGGCAGGCUCUGCUGCGACCUGAGUGUGAAGGAAUCUCUUUAAGAAGCCAGAGGUCCCCUAACUUAUCUUUUCUUCUGGAAAAAAUAUCAAUUAGACAUCAGCCUGUAGGAAGCAGUCAAAAAUUUCACAUGACUCGUGCUUGAAGAAACUCUACCAUCCAGUAUAGUCCAGUGGAGGAAAAGUCCUAGAACUUUCUCAGUGGACUUGGAGUAAUUUUUAUGAAAUGGUCGUGAUAAGCAAACAUGGAAACAUGUGUAUGAUUCUUGGUGUGUGAAUUAACAUGUUUGUGUAUGUAUGGAGAGUUGUGUUAGGAUGUCAUUCUUUUCCAUUCAUACACUUUUUCAUCCUAGUAGGAAUUUCUCUUUACUUGUGUUUGUUACAUUGUAAGAUCCAUCCAUGUUAUAUGCAUGCAUUUACUCUUGUCCAGCUAUUGCUUGAUACUAUAGGAUACAUGAGUUUCUAUAUUUAUAUUUUUGUAUUUGAUUAUAUGAGAAUGUAAACAUGUUUGUAAGAGUACUUAGUAAGUUAUUUACAUAGGUUACCUUGAUGGAUUAGACAACCACAAAAUGAGUGAAAAUACAGAGUGGGAGGGAGAGGAAACCCACCCUCUGUAAGGUCUCACUCUGGAUUCCAGUUCUCUCUCAUACGCACUUCAAUUCAACUGUGUUUGGAUCACUGGCAACUUCUACAGGGGCCAGUCUUUUAAACUUGACAGCUUUCUAGGUGUCGAAUGUUAAUUUAUUUGUAGGUAUGUGUUUACAGGUGAGCGGGCACUUGGGGAGAACCACAUCGACGUGAAACCCCGUGUGUGGUUGGCUCAUGACCAGAUUGUCCUCAUCCAUGGAUGGGAUGGGAAGGUGACAGAUGGGUUAGAUCACAAGUGGCAAAUAGGUUCCAGGCCAUGCACCACUUCCAAUGGGGAGAGAGGACAGGGAUCUGUCCCCAGUGUCUGCCAUGGUCUCAGGGAAGAAGAGUGGAUGAUGCUCAUGAAUAGUGUGAACUGUUUGCUAACACAGGACUAGAGGGUCCCUCUCACUUCUGGUGAUCUGUGACACUGAGCCCCAGAGCUUCAUUUUUUGGGGGCACAGAUUCCCUCUUUGAGGAGCUUAGCUCCUCUGUAAGCAUCUGACUUCCAUGGGUAAACACCCAACACAGACAUAACAAUUCUUGAAUACUGUGACCAGGAGGCCUAGAAUGGCUGACACAUUAGGAUUUUGUUCUUGUGCCACUUUCUCUUAUGUAACCAUUUCAGCCUCUUUCCUGCAAACCCUUCCCCAUAGUAUGCCAGUCUGGCAGGAUCAGUUCAUGGAGGUAGUAGGGCUCAGGGUUUUGGGUCUUUUCCAUCGCAAGGCAUUCUGGGUUGUCUUGUCCAAGGGCUGGUGUGUUUGGAUCAAAGCUACAAAGGCCUGAAGAUUUAGGCACGUUAAGGGUACUGUCUCAGAGGAAAUCGGCCAGGUUCCAGCUCCUUGUCCUUCCCUCAGAGGACUUCUUUGAAGGUGCAUCUAAACUAGCCUUCUCAGUAUUUCUCAUGCUUAUUCACAAUAGUAUGAGAUUGAUUUGUUUGGACGUUUUUGUUUUCUAUAUACCCAGUCCGAAUAGCACUUGUACAUGGUAUGCAGUUAAUAAAGUCUUUCUCUGGUAA